UUCUGACUCAGACCCACAUCAGCGUUUCCCACAGAAUUAGAGUCUGUUUGUGGUGGUAGCUGAUAAAGGCCUACAGCUCCACUGCAUCAAACAAAUAACAAAAUAUAUACAGAGAAGAAAAGCAAUGAGGCCCCUUUUCAUCUCUCUGCGCUGCCCGUCAGUCUCACCUGUUGCUUCGUUCAAAAGAGCCAAUCACAGCACAGUAGAGUGGGACUUGACGCAAAACGUGUAGGGGGACAAGUAAGGCGGUUUCUCCAUCAGUCCUGGUCUGUGUCUGCUGUGAUCACAAACCAUCACAUCAUAUUGUUCAGUUAAACUACAGAUUAAUUAAUAAUUUAUAAUAAUGAUAUAAUAAGAAUUUAAUCUGAAACGUACAUUAUGAAAUAUAUUAUAUGACCUAAACUGUCUUAUGAACUUUGUCACUUCCUGUAAAGGAGACGGGGGUCGGUGGUGUGAGUGUGUGCGUGUGUGUUAUCAUACCACACAUAUGAAUAAACAGUGUGUGUGUGUGUGUGUGUGUCUCUGCUGGCCUCCCCUCCCCCCCUUCGGCGGGUGUCGGCGUGACGACAGACUUGAGUCAUAGGCCUGAGUCAUAAGAGAGGAUGUGGGUGGGGCUUCUGGGGAGAGAGAGGCAGUAACAGAACAGCAGAGGAGCGGCAGACCAUCACUGUAACACAUUAACACACGGUGAAGACCAGAACCAGGUCCCCCCUCAAGAUCUGAACCCUCCUGGAUCAGGACUUUGAACUGGACUUUGCAGCGUGACUCGAACCAGAUUGUGAAGUGGAUUUUUUAACCUAGCAGAGCUCUUAUUGGUGGUUCAGGACUCAAAGUGCCGUCUCUGUGUUUUGCCGUGGCGAGGCGAAGAUCAGAAGAAAAGCUUUCGGACGCGGUCAUCACCCCGUGCAGACGUCUGAUCCUGUGUGCGGACAACAGGAAGGAGAUGGAGGAGUGGAUGGCGGCUCUGCGCAGCGUCCAGAACAGACAGAACUAUGAAUCCACCCAGUACAGCAUGGACCACUUCAGCGGGAUGCACAACUGGUACGCCUGCUCUCACGCAAGACCGACGUACUGCAACGUCUGCAGAGAGGCGCUGUCGGGAGUGACAUCACACGGCCUGUCCUGCGAAGUGUGUAAGUUUAAGGCUCAUAAACGCUGCGCAGUCCGAGCCACCAACAACUGUAAAUGGACCACACUGGCUUCCAUCGGGAAGGACAUCAUCGAGGACGAGGACGGGGUGUCCAUGCCUCAUCAGUGGUUAGAAGGGAACCUGCCGGUCUCCGCUAAAUGUAACGUCUGCGAUAAGACGUGUGGCAGCGUCCUCCGCCUGCAGGACUGGAGGUGUCUCUGGUGUAAAGCCAUGGUGCACUCAGGCUGCAAGGAGCAGCUGUCCUCUAAGUGUCCUCUGGGUCAGUGUAAAGUGUCCGUCAUCCCUCCGACGGCGCUGAACAGCAUCGACUCCGACGGUUUCUGGAAGGCGUCGUGUCCUCCAUCCUGCACCAGUCCUCUGCUGGUGUUUGUCAACUCUAAAAGUGGAGACAAUCAGGGCGUCAAGUUCCUGCGACGCUUCAAACAGCUGCUGAACCCGGCGCAGGUGUUCGACCUGAUGAACGGGGGACCACACCUGGGUCUGCGUUUGUUCCAGAAGUUUGAUACGUUCAGGAUCCUGGUGUGCGGAGGAGACGGCAGCGUCGGCUGGGUCCUGUCGGAGAUCGACGCUCUCACGCUGCACAAACAGUGUCAGCUGGGAGUUCUUCCUCUGGGGACGGGGAACGAUCUGGCCCGGGUUCUGGGUUGGGGUUCAGCCUGUGACGACGACACUCAGCUGCCUCAGAUACUGGAGAAACUAGAGAGAGCCAGCACCAAGAUGCUGGACAGGUGGAGCAUCAUGGUCUAUGAAACCAAGUUUCCACGGCAACACUCUGCAUCCACCAUCACCGAGGACUGCAGCGACGACUCCGAGGUUCAGCAGAUUCAGACCUAUGAGGACUCGGUGGCUGCUCACCUGUCCAAGAUCCUGACCUCAGACCAGCACUCUGUCGUCAUCUCCUCAGCCAAGGUUCUGUGCGAGACGGUGAAGGACUUUGUGGCUCGUGUUGGCAAAGCGUACGAGAAGAACACCGAGAGUUCAGAGGAGUCGGAGGCCAUGGCCAAGAAGUGUGGUGUGUUGAAGGAGAAACUGGACUCUCUGCUGAAGACUCUGAACGAGGAGUCUCAGGCCUCCACCGUGCCCCCCCCGGCUCCUCCCCCCACCAUCGCCGAGGAGCAGGAGGAGGCAGAGGGAGUCGUUCUGCCUCCUCCUCUUUAUCCUCCUCCUCCUCCUCACGCCCCCUGCUCCCCACGGAUCUUUAAACCUCGAGAGCAGCUGAUGCUGAGAGCCAACAGUCUGAAGAAGGCCAUCAGACAGAUCAUCGAGCACACAGAGAAAGCUGUGGAUGAGCAGAACGCUCAGACUCAGCAGCAGCUCUUCUCUCUGAGUCGGGCCGAGGAAGAGGAGGGUCUGGUGGAGGAGGAAGAGGAGGAGGACGCGGAGGAGGAUAAGGUGUCUCUGCAGUCGUCUUACAGCGCCAAACACCGCAACACACGCAGAGUCAGUAAGACGCCCUGUGAGAAGCUGAUCAGUAAAGGCAACCUGUCACUGGGCAGCUCUGCAUCACUUCCUGUCCAGGCAGGAAGCAGGGAGAACAUGCCCAUGCUCAACACAAAGAUCCUCUAUCCAGGUCUCAGAGGUAUCUCAGGUUCUCUCUCCAGCAGUUCUGUGAUCAGUCGACUGUUGGUCAACGCCGACCCGUUCAGCUGUGACCCCGACAACAUGGACUGCUACACUGAGAAAUGUGUCAUGAACAACUACUUCGGGAUCGGACUGGACGCUAAAAUCUCUCUGGACUUCAACAACAAGCGAGACGAGCAUCCGGAGAAGUGCAGGAGUCGGACCAAGAACAUGAUGUGGUACGGAGUUCUGGGAACCAAAGAGCUGCUGCACAGAACCUACAAGAACCUGGAGCAGAGGGUUCUACUGGAGUGUGAUGGGCGGCCCAUCCCUCUCCCCAGUCUGCAGGGCAUCGCUGUGUUGAACAUCCCAAGUUACGCAGGAGGAACCAACUUCUGGGGAGGAACCAAAGAGGACGAUACGUUCACUGCUCCGUCCUUCGAUGAUAAGAUCUUGGAGGUGGUGGCCGUGUUCGGCAGCAUGCAGAUGGCCGUGUCCCGAGUCAUCAACCUGCAGCACCACCGCAUCGCUCAGUGUCGGACAGUGAAGAUCACCAUCCUAGGUGAUGAAGGCGUCCCGGUGCAGGUGGACGGGGAGGCAUGGGUCCAGCCUCCAGGUUACAUCAAGAUCAUCCACAAGAACCGAACCCAGACCCUCACCAGGGACAGAGCGUUUGAGAGCACCCUGAAGUCGUGGGAGGACAAACAGAAGUGUGAGUUUCCCCGGACCCCCCCCCCUCAGCCCCCACAGCCCCCCAUCUUCUCCCAGCCAGAGAUCGUCUCUGAGGAAGAGGCGUCACUCGUAAGCGAGUUCGGUCAGGCAGCAGGCGCUCUCAUACACAGUAUUCGUGAAGUCGCUCAGUCUCACCACAGUCUCGAACAGGAACUGGCUCACGCUGUCAACGCCAGCUCAAAGGCCAUGGAUGUGGUCUACGCCAACUCCAAGAGCUCCGGGGCUCUGAGCUGCAGCGUUGUCCUUCAGAUGGUCAGUAAUGUCAAAGCUUUACUCAGUGAGACGGAGCUGCUGCUGGCUGGAAAGAUGUCCAUGCAGCUGGAUCCUCCUCAGCAGGAACAGUUGAAUGCAGCUCUGAGCUCUGUGGCUCAGCAGCUCCGUCAGCUGGCGGAUGUUUCCUGGUUGUGUCCUGUCAUCGACCCCUCAGACCACGAGGGUCCACUGACAGAUUUCUCGAAGCGAAGUCGGAGUGCAAAGUUCCGUCUCGUCCCGAAGUUCAAGAAAGACAAAAACAACAAGAACAAAGAGACCUGCGCUACUCUCUCUCUGCCAGUUCACCAGUGGGGGACGGAGGAGGUGGGGGCGUGGCUGGACUUUAUCUGUCUCACUGAAUAUAAGGACAUCUUUAUCGGACACGACGUCCGCGGAGCCGAGCUCAUCCAUCUGGAGAGGAGGGACCUGAAGGACCUGGGGGUGACGAAGGUGGGUCACAUGAAGAGGAUCCUUCAGGGCAUCAGAGAGCUCAACAGGAACAGCAGCGCCAGCGAGGCCUAACGGCCGCCAGCUGUCUGCUCGCCUCCUACCUCUGCUGCCAUCGACCACCUCAACCACCUGACCUCUGACCCUGAACCAGCAGGUCUGAACGCAACCGCAGUCUGUGACAUCACAUCUGAAGCUCACGGUGAUCGGACCGGGACUCAUUCUGUCUCGGCUGAGCCUUCAGCUCAGCCACCUGGAGAAAGAACCAAUCCUAUGAUCCACUAGUGCCUUGUCAUCUCACCCACCGACCAAUCAGCAUCCAGGGUGGGGGGGUGGUGGAUGAUUCAGAGCCAAACAUUUAUCUACCUACAGAAGACCGAAGGGCUGCACACUGAGCUGAGGCGGCGGAGAGUGGAGCAGGACUGUGGAGACAACAUGGCCGACACGCGAGCCGUCUGCUUCAGGGACCAGUUUACUUAUUAACAGAUCGUUCUGGCCUCUGCUGAGUCCCACAGACCUUCAGAUCACUUUAUUAACACCAGGUCUUUGUUUGUAAAGUGAUCACGGGUGAUUGACAGUUUGCUUCCUGACAAUAAGACUUUCUGGAAGAAGUUUGUAGUUGAAAAUGUAAAUAUGUUGAAGACGAACUAAGACGGAUCGUCGUUUUAGGGAAAAGUCUGGUUUGAGAAAAUUCUUUUGAAGAAUUCAAAUGUUCCUUUGACGUCUUGGUGCAGAAUAAAGGUUUUAGGGGUCAGUAAAAGGCCAGAUGAGCGCAGUUACUCCGAGACGCCCCGAUCGGCACAUCACACCAGUUAGAAACCUGACCCGGGUGUCCAGCAGAGUCUCGGCUGCGUUCUGGACCAGCCGUGUGCCGGAUCUUAGGUUAGCCUCGGUGUUUGGAUGUGUGGAGAACCAGCUCCAUUUAACAGGACUCGGGACUCAGGCCGAGUCCAGCUUGACUCCAGAAACCAUGCGUGCCAGAUCUAAGCCACCGUUGAGCCAGUCAGUUUUGUCUCCCUGUGAUCUUCCUGCCACCUAACUCUCCAACCCUGGUCUCACCUUACCAGCCGACCAAUCAGAACCUCCUCUGGUCCCUCACAUGUUGGACCAGGAUCCUGCAGAACCCUUUAAACCUUUAGACAAGUGUCGCUUCAGCAGCUCAGAGACUUCAGAGAAACAUUUUUAGAACCAUUUUAUGUCCCCGAUCUGCCAAACAGGAACUCUGUGACUUUAGGAAACAAAGUGGGGACACCUGAGGGGACGGACACUUUGAGUUCCCUGCUGACCGGGUCGAGGCCGGAUCACAGAGACCUUUAGACAGCCUCAGCCUUUAGACAGCCACAACAGACCUUUAGAGUUUUAUACUGAAAUACAUAUUUAUUUCUAUUAUAAACUGCAGUUAAUAUUUAGAGUUCAGUAGGCGUCUUGAAAAACAGGAAGUGGAAAAACUUGACGAGGGGACGCCGAGAGAGACGCUCCCGAACAGAUCAGGUGGUCUGACGAAGACUCUGCAGCGACAAUCAGAUCAGUCGAUGAAGAUGAGCUGCGUUUCCUGUCUGAUGUUUUCCGGUUUGUUCUCUCUGCCUGUCUGUCUGCCUGUCUGUCUGUCUCUCUGCCUGCCUGUCUGUCUCUGUCUGUCUGUCUCUCUGCCUGCCUGUCUGUCUCUCUCUCUGUCUCUCUGUCUCUCUGUCUCUCUCUCUCUCUGUCUGUCUCUCUGCCUGCCUGUCUGUCUCUCUCUCUGUCUCUCUCUCUGUCUCUCUGUCUCUCUCUCUCUCUGUCUCUCUGUCUCUCUCUCUCUCUGUCUGUCUCUCUGCCUGUCUGCCUGUCUCUCUGCCUGCCUGUCUGUCUCUCUCUCUGUCUCUCUGUCUCUCUCUCUCUCUGUCUCUCUCUCUCUCUCUCUCUCUCUGUCUGUCUCUCUGCCUGUCUGCCUGUCUCUCUGCCUGCCUGUCUGUCUCUCUCUCUGUCUCUCUCUCUGUCUCUCUGUCUCUCUCUCUCUCUGUCUCUCUCUCUCUCUGUCUGUCUCUCUGCCUGUCUGCCUGUCUCUCUGCCUGUCUGUCUGUCUCUCUAUCUGCCUGUCUCUCUGUCUGCCUGUCUGUCACAGUCGGUAUAUCGCAGUCUGUCUGUUAGUCGUGAAAUCACUUAAAAACUAAAUUCAAAGUAUAGACGAGGUUUGUUGUGUUGAUUUCUGACAUGUUUGUGUUGCAGAUGUUCUGCAGGUGUGUUGCAGGUGUGUUGCAGGUGUGUUGCAGGUGUGUUGCAGAUGUUCUGCAGGUGUGUUGCAGAUGUUCUGCAGGUGUGUUGCAGAUGUUCUGCAGGUGUGUUGCAGAUGUGUUGCAGGUGUGUUGCAGGUGUGUUGCAGGUGUGUUGCAGAUGUUCUGCAGGUGCGUUGCAGGUGUGUUGCAGAUGUUCUGCAGGUGUGUUGCAGAUGUUCUGCAGGUGUGUUGCAGGUGUGUUGCAGAUGUUCUGCAGGUGCGUUGCAGAUGUUCUGCAGGUGCGUUGCAGGUGUUGUAUAUCAGAUAAACCCCUCAGAGAAGAAGCAUGUGGACGAUCGCUGUCUGCCCAGCGUCCUGAUUCAGACCUCAGAGCCUUACUCCAGCUGAAACAGCUGAAACAAGUCAGUUCAGCCUUUAUCAAAUCAAACUCGACCAGUCUGAAUUGUUACUGCUUCUGGUUCAUAUCAUCGUAGAUCCCUCGUUUUGGGACGCUUGUUUUUGGUUUUUACUUUUAAUAGACCAAAUGAUCGAUCUUUUGAUUGGAAAAAUGACUGAUAUUAAUUUGUCAUCUGAAAAUGGUAGUUUUUCUCAACAAAAAGCAUCAGAGCAACAGAAAGGAAGGGACGCAGUGUUUCACCGGAGGCGGCGAGCCACGCAGAUCCUGUCGCAGCUCGUCGGUUUCUCAGUUUAUUCAACAGAUAAAAAAACAGCCACACUUAUCAAAUAAAAUAGCAUUUGCUGUUUGAAACAGCACCUGAAGGUUAAUGUUUAAGUCAUAACAGGCUAUAAAUUCGACUGAUAUUAGUGAAGGCGGUCCACCUCUGCACGACACCCUGUGACGGGAGUCUCCGAUGUACGAGCGUCCUUUAAUGCACCAGCAGGAAGAGUUUUCCAAACGAUGCUUGCUCUCACCUUCAUCACCACACAGUGAUAACAAGAGCACAACGUAAAGCUGACUAAAUGCCAGCUGAUUAUUGAUCGGCAGCGAUUUUCAUAAAAGUGAAACAAACAGGAAAUCAGCAGGAGUUUAGUGUUUACAUGAUUUAUAGUUGACGAAACGUGGAGCUAACAGAUGGACUCUGGCUGUGUUUAGAUGAAACCAAACGUUUUUAAAGGAUGCCUUAAAUCUCCCGUCGAUCACACAUCGUCAGUCAGACCUCAGCAGCUUCCUCGCUGUGUGUGGAGUCCAACAUGUUACUCUGCCUUCAGUCGCUCGGCCUCGCGUUUCUUUAACUGGGAGACUCCGAACAGCCGAGAGCUGCUCACGUUACGGUUUCAUACAAGUGAUUUGAUUCGAUGCUUCAUCAAAUCUCUCAAAGCUGAACAGGGACAAAAACAUGUCAAACUGUAGUCAGUAUUACACGUUAAUAUUAUUUUAAUCAACCAUUCAAUUCAUGUUUUUGAUGUUUUUGAUGUUUUUUCCAGCUGUGGUUCGUUCAGAGUUUUCAGACGCUCAGUUUAAUAAUGCAGGUUGUUUCAGCUGCCUUUCAGUGUGUUUCUGUCUUUGUGUCUGUAGCUGUUGUUCUGCUGUUAUCAGUAAAAUAUUCACAUUCAUAUAUUCUGAGUUUAAAGUUCAGUUUCAGUGUGAAGUUUCUGCCGGUUUCCAUCAGUUAAUUAUUAUUAAUUAAUUAAAUAUUCUUACACAGACGCCCUCUAAAUGUCUAAAUAUAGAUGAAGAAGAAAGCAGCAGUUCGAAGCUGAACUGAAAUCCUGAAAGAUUAUUUUUCUUUUCUUAUGCACAAGAUGAUUUAACUUGUGUUCAACUCACAAAAUAUAAUUUAUUUUUUGAACUUGUGUACAAGUUAUCUUGAUUAAUAUCAUGAGCACACAAGAUAACUUCAUGACAUGAAUCAAGAUAUUUACUUGUAUUACCUUGAUCCAUAUCAUACGCGCAGAAUUUAUUAUUUUGAUUCAUAUCUUGGUCUUAUCUUGACACAGCAGUUAUCUUGUUCUCAGAAGAUCUAUAUCUUGUUUGCACAUCAUACAGAUCAAGAUUAAAAAGUUGUGCAGAAAGAUAUCUUGUUUGUGUGCGCACAAGAUGAUAACCUAAGCACACAUGACCUGGAUCAAGAUUUUAACUUCAAACUUACAAGUUACUAUCUUGCUCACAGAAGAUCCAUACUUUGUAAUAAUAACUUUUACGCACAAGAUAAAAAAGUAUCUUCUGGCCUUCUGCUCUGUAACAAGCUAAUAUUUUAGUUUUAAAGCUAAAACUUUCUUGACUGUCAGACAACUUGGUCCUGAAAGCUACCGAAUCUCACCAAUCAGAAACGUCUCGUAAGCACUAGUGUUAGCAUUAGUGACUAACUGUAGGGAUCAUGCAGGAGUUUGACAGUUGUAGAGGUUCGAAAUGUGCAUAAAUAUAAUUAUUAACGUGCUGAUGUUUGUUAGCUUCCCGCAACCUGCUGCAGUCAGACCAUAUCUGCAUUUUCUGACCAAUAACAGUUUUAGAGUUUUAGUGAGGGAGAACACAUCAGUGACCGAGUGCCUUGCUCGAGGUGCAUCCUCUGCUGUUUGUCCCACAUGUUCGUCUCUGAUCCAUCCUGUGUAUUUAUUGGCUAAUUUAUGCAUUAAUCCUGAUACUGUACGCUGUCAUACCUCUGUUUGUACAUAUGCCCCCUGCAGGGCUGUCAGUGUAAAUACAUUGUGUUGUAUGCAGAGAAACAUCUGAACAUCCUGUAAGAAAUAAAAUUGAUGUCUGUCACUGUAGAAAAA